UGAGUGUGCUUGAGAAGAACCAAAGGGGAAGGAGAGCCAGAGUGUGUGCCACAGGGUGAGGAAGACAGAGACGAAGAAGGAGUAAAAGGAGAGAGAGAGAGAGAGAGAGAGAGAGUGACAGACUUUUGUGGGAUCUCUGGCUGACCCACCACAACCUCCAAGAUGUUCAAGAAAAAGGAAAGUACGAAGGACGGUACGCUCAAGCUCUCGGGCAAGAUCAGCAAGAACCAGGCCAGCAGCUUGGCCUUGCUGAUUGCCCAGAUGCAAAAGAAUGCCGACCAGGUGGAGAAAGACAUCCUCCGGUCUGAGGAGAUGCUGGCAGUGGAUAAUGAAAAUGAGAAGAAAGACCAGCCCUUCAAGCAUCAGGCUGAGAUAUCAACCAAGCUGGGCGAGGCCGAGGCCCUGCUGAAGCAGCUUUUCCUCGACGUCGACAAGGCCAAGAAGCUCAAACACCCACAAGCCCGCGAGAUAGAGAGCGAUGUCAUGCUCCUCCAUGAGCGCUGGUUAAAGGACUGCACCUUCUACCGAGAAAUCUAUGAGCAGAUUGACGACGUGUCGCUGAUGCCGAGAAUCGACUGGGCGCCUGUUUUCAACGAGAAGCAAAAAGAGGUGAACGUGGAGGAGUACGGGCCCACCAUGGCUGACCUGGAGAAGCAGAUUGCUGCUCACAACAUCCUGCACAAAGAGGUCGAAGGCUACAGCUCACAGCUCUGCGUCAGCUCUGCAGGCAGCAAGGAGAAAUAUACAGCCCUGAAGAAACAGUACAACAAUAUACUGGACAACUCCAAGUGGCGUCGCCACUACCUGAACAGCCUGUACGAGUACAUGCAGGGCUGCAACAAGGAACUGGCCUUUCUGGGAGAAGAACAAGAUAAGAUCACAAAGCAGGACUGGAGUGACCGCAUGGUGGACCCUCCUGACGUCCGCAGGCAGUAUGAGAACUUCAAGAACAACAGCCUGCUGUCCCAUGAGAGCGAGGUGAACAAACUUCAGGAGGAAGGAGACAGACUCAUUGAAAUGAAACACCCUGCAAGUGACACAAUACAGGCUCAGAAAGAUGCUGUACGAAACGAUUGGCAGAAAUUCCUCAAUCUCUGCAUUUGUCAAGAGACACACCUGGACAAUGUGGAAGAAUUCAAACGGUACCAAAUGGAGACAGAUCAACUAUCAGAGACAAUGACCAAACUCAACAACAGCCUGGACCCCAUCUCCAUCAGCAAGAAGAGUAACUCGGAGACAUUGCUGCAGCUCGAGGCAGAAGAGAAGGCUGUACAGAACAGUGAGCAGCUGCUGGCAGACCUGAGGAGACGCAGCACCACCAUCGCUCCUCUGAAGCUACGACGCAACAACCCCAACAGACCCAUCACAGUAGAGUCCCUGUGUGACUGGGAGACAGACAAGGCUUCUCUGUCAAGAGGGGAGAAGUGCACCCUGAAAUCGAACUCAGACAUCGAGAACUGGGACAUUGUCUCCACUGAUGGGAAAACAAAAACCUUCCCAGGAGUUUGCUUCCAGAUUCCUCCACCUGAUCCAGAGGCCAUUGACAAAGUGGACCUGUUGGGUCGUGAACUUCAAGACAUCAAGAAGAGAAGAGCUGCUCUGGCGGCAUCCCUGAAAAAUCACAAAUCAGACGUCUCCAGAUCCCAACAAUCAGCUCCAGUGUCUUCUGCUGCAAUGGAUCCCAAAGUGACAGCCCUGGCUCAGCAGCUGGACAAGCUGGACGACGACCUGGCCAGUGCUGAGGAGAGCAUGCUGAGCCGCCUGCGAGCCCCACUGAGCCGCACUGACCCAGCCGGAGAUCUGGCCAACAGGCUGAGGGAACAAGAGGAAGCUGCCAAGACUCUGAAGGCUCUGGAGCAGCAGAAGCUGGCAGCUCAGGCUGACCUGCAGCCCCUGCUGUCCAGCAGUGCUUCUUCUGCACUGCCACUCAAACUGAACGCUGCCAACAACAAGCACGACAGCAUUGCAGAACUUGCUGACCUCUAUGGCAAGAAAGCAAAUGCAUCUCUCAAACUGGAGAGUCAGAUUAAGAAGGUGGAUGGCCUUGUCUCUGGUUUUGAGAAAAAGCUGAGUGAAGAUGGUCCAAUACCUGACGUACCAAAUGCAAUCCAAGCCCGCACUGAGGACAUUCAGUACCAGCAAAAGUCUGUGGCAGCGGCUCAGGACGACAUGAAGAAGCUGAGUCAGGAUCUGGAGACCACACAGCAGCUGUGCAGCUCCCUGGAGCAGGGCUACCAGGAGUUCUGCCCUGACAUCCAGCGCCAGAGAACAGACGUCAAGCAGCUGCAGACCCGCUAUGCAAAUGUGGCCAACCAGCUGAAAGAGAGAGAAAACAUCUUACAAGAAGCUGGAACGAAGAACCAGGAGUUCCAGAGCACAAGCAAAUCCCUGAACUCCUUCCUGGACAACCUGCCUACAAACCAGAUUAACUACAAUGAUGAUCUGUCUCAGAUCACUGCUAAGCAGAGUUCCCAAGAGAGGGUGAUGGAUGACCUAAAGAGGAAGGGAGAUGACAUGGACAGAUUGGCUGACCUGUCUCAAGAUCUACAGAAUCUAUUCAAUGAAUACGAGGUCAACGUUGACAAAUACAACAGUACACUUGAGGAUGCUGGAGCCACUGUUGCAAAGAAACCUCGUAUGCCCGGACUGGCUGAUGCUAUUCAGAAAGAGGAAAAGGAUCUGGUCAACCGUUACACUGAAGCAACAGCUGAAAACAAACAACGGCAAAAACAGAUGGGCUUGGCUAAGAAUCUAAUUUUACAAAAUGAAGACAAAGUCCAAAUGGUGGCACAGCAACAAGUGCAGCUUGAAAGCCAACAAAGGAGUUCUUUUGAGUUAGACGGUCUGUUCAAAGAGCUAGAUGAAGAGAAGGAGAGGACAGUUCAUGCUGAAACAGACCUGAGAACCUUUAAAGACAGGUUGCUGUCGUUGAAGAGUCGCAGAGGGGUAGAGCGUGUUGAGGAGAAAGAAGUACUGCAGUACUACCGUGACCCAAAACUGGAGAGUGAUUUGGCCGAUCUGCAGAAAAUACUGCAUGAAGAGGCCCUGAGGCGUAGCACCGCCCAGACUAAUGUUGAGGUGUUAAACAAGAAAAUCACCAUCGUGGAGGACACCCUCAAAAAAACUCCACCAAAACUGUUGACCAGAGAGGUGACAGAGUUUGAGAAAGAUCCUCAGCUGGAUGUAGAGGCUGCUAAGAUAAGAGAUGAAAUGGGAAAGAUCAGAGAGGAAAUUCGAGUCAGAGAUGGAGAGCAGAUUCAGAUGAAGACAGAAGUCACGAUUCUCGAGCAGAAGAGACCACUUAUCAAAGAGAAGGUGGUUAAGAAGGAAGUGCUGAAAGUAGAACAGAACCCUGAGAUGUUGAGGGCAGUGCGAACAUUUGAGAUGGACAUUUCUGAAGAGAACAACAAGAUCAAGUUACUCAACGAUCAAAUCUUCCAGACAAGGAGUCAGAUUAAUGCACUUGAGAGACUGAUUCCUAACAUCAAGCCAAAGAUUAUCACUAAAGAAGUGAAAAAGAUUGAACAAGACCCUGACCUCAUCACUGAAUCUAAAAGGGUUCUAACAAGUGUGGACGAAGAGAGGAUUGAAAACAACAUUUUGUCCAAAGAGCUGAUGGAGCUCCACAGCCGCUACAGAGAAGUUCAAAACUGGAAGCCAAAAGUCGAAGUGAAGGAAAUUGUUAAUGAGAUCUACCGGAUAGACCCAAACACAGAGGUGGAGAUAAUGCGGCUCAGGAAAGACAUACAAGACUCCAGCAGGCAGCACUCUGAUCUGGAAAGGGAGAUCACCCAGGUCAUGUCUGAGGUGAACAUCCUUCGCUCUGAGAAGCCCAAGGUGGAGCUGAAGGAAGUUCUCCAAGAGGUGGUUAAGGAGGAAAGAAGCCCUGAAAAUGAGAGAGAGAUACAGAGGCUAAACGAUCAAGUGAACCAUUUACGCACCACUUACAGCUCCCUUGAUGACAAGGUGAGACUACUUAGGAAAGAGAGAGAUGAAUGGAAGGCUGAAAAAUCCAAGAUAGAGACCAAACUCGUCACCAGAGAAGUCAUCAAGUAUGAACCUGAUCCUCUCUUGGAGAAAGAAGCUGACCGCUUGAGAAGAGAUGUGCGGGAGGAGGCACAACUGCGGCGCUCCAUUGAAGAGAUGGUGUUUGAUCUGCAAAACAAAUACAUCCUGUUGGAGAGACAGAAGCCUGAGGAGAAAGUUGUUGUAAAGGAGGUUUUGCGUUUACAGAAGGACCCAAGGCAGUUGAUUGAGCAUGAGAAGCUCAGCAGGAGCCUGGAUGAAGAAGUAAAGACUCGGCGUCAGAUAGACCUAGAGUUGCAGCAGCUAAGAACAAAGGUGGAAGAUAAAGAGAGGAUCCUCAGAGAGAGUGAUGAGCGCCAAAAGAGGAUUCAAGCCGAGUCUGAGCUCAGAGAGAUCCGACUGCGGAUCACACAGCUGGAAAAUGCCCCACCUCCUGUUGAGGAAAGUAUUGUUGUCGAAGAGGUACUCAAAGUUGAAAGAGACCCGAAACUGGAGAGGAUGACAAGCGGUCUUCGUUCAGACAUGGACACGCAAUCCAGUGAAAUCCUACGCCUCCAGAGAGAGAUACGUAGCAUCACACUAAAGCUUGAGAUCCUGCAGAAGGAGAAGUCUGGUGAGAAGACGGUGUACAAAGAGGUUGUCCGUGUUGAGAAAGACCAGGCAGUCGAAGCAGAGAGGGAUCGCCUGAGGGAGCAGGUUUCUCAGCAAAAAUAUACCAGACAAGACCUGGAAGAUGAAAUCAGACGUCUCAAUGAUAAAAUCAACCUUCUGAUGAGCACCAAGUCCAACUCUUCAAGAGAGGAGACUAACAUUAAUUUGAACAGAGAUGCCUUACAGAGGGAGAGGGACAACCUCACUCGGGAGCUCAGGACACUUGAGGCCAAGAAACAUGACACCAGCUUCUCUUUCCAGCAGCAGAGCAGGUUAUUGAGUGAGAGAGCGCAGACAAGCAGGCAGAGGAGCGUUAAAAUGGUGUCUGAAACCCAGCGUCUGGAGAGGGAUAUCCUGGAUGAAAAAGAUAAGAUCCAUCAGCGAGACAGCGUCAUCCGAGAUCUUCUGCUGAACCUGCAGAAAGAGGAGCAAGCAGAGACAAGGACCAAAGAGACCAAUGUCUCCACCAAAAUCACUAUUCUGGAUCCAGAUACAGGCAAAGACAUGUCUCCCUAUGAUGCCUACCUGCAAGGCCUGAUUGAUCGUCAACAGUACAUUCAUCUUCAGGAGCUGGAGUGUGAUUGGGAGGAGAUUACUUCGAUGGGACCUGAAGGGGAGACAUCUGUACUGCAGGAUCGCAAGAGUGGAAAGCAGUACUCCAUCAAAGAUGCUCUAAAGGAAGGAAGGCUGACAGAGUUUAAUCUACAACAGUAUAAACAAGGCAAGAUUCCCAUCUCAGAGUUUGCCUUGCUGGUUGCGGGUGACAACAGGAAGCAACCCCAGUUCAACUCAAUCAUCCCAAAGUCCACCACAACAGUGAAAUCAGCCCCCUCAGACCUCUCCACUGCUAAAGAAGUCUACCCAGUUGCUGGAGUAAUUGAUACAAACACUGACACCUGCUUUACGAUACGUAAUGCCGCCUUGCGUAAAUUGAUCGACCCAGCCACUGCCCAAAAACUUCUGGAGGCUCAGGCAUCAACUGGUGGCAUCAUUGAUAUCAACAACAGGGAGAGAUACACAGUUCACAAGGCAGCAGCUAAAGGCCUCAUUGAGGACAGUCAACUCCAGAGGCUACUCAAUGCACAAAAGGCCUUCACUGGUGUUGAAGACCCCAUGACCAAAGAGUGUUUGUCUGUGGGAGAAGCUGUUCAGAAAGGCUGGAUGCCAAAGGACACUGCCAUUCGCUACAUGGAGGCACAACACCUGACCGGAGGGCUGGUCAAUCCCAACACUGGUCGCAGAGUAAGCAUCUUGGAUGCCAUUGGGUCCAAAAUGAUCGACAGCACAAUGAUGAGGGAGCUGCAGGCUGAGACUACCUACAUUAAGGAUAUUGUAGACCCAAUCACAAAGGAGAAGAUCACCUACAAACAAGCUAUGGAUCGCUGUAAGACAGACCCAAUGUCAGGCUUACCAAUGCUGCCCGCCUCCUCCAAAGAGUCGGGUUACACUCCAACGUACAACUCAAAAUAUGCAAGAUUCUAGAUGUUUACAACACACUUGGCGAUAUCUGCUACGUGGAGUGAUGUGGUAAAAAUGUACUAUUAGAUUAUGGGAAAACCAUAUGAAAACACAUUUAAAACCAUAUGAAAAUACAUUAAUUACAAUGUACAUUUUGACUCAGGAAAAGUCUUCUGCUGCAAAGCUGUCUGUCUAGCCAAAAUGAUUGCUGCUGUUUUGCCUUUGUUUACGAAACAUGUGUGAUGUGGGCGGAUUUUUGUUUGAUUUAAUUUAAAAACAGAGAAUAUAAAUGCAGUUUAUCUUUGAUAUUAUUGUGGUAUUAGGGAUACUGGGACAUGGUGCAAUGCUAUUUACCAAGAUUGAUUUGAUUCUGUAUUACUCGUGGGCUAUCCUUGACACUGUUCACUUUAAACUGAAUCUUGUUUGAUACUUUAUGAAGAAACAAAUAUCAAUAAAUUUAAAUUAUACCGGUUUAAGAA